AUGAAAAGCGCAGCGGAGAAUGUGACGCUCAGGGCUGACGGCUCAGGGUCCGGCUCAGGGUCCGGACCCGGGCGACGGAGCCUUGAGCGAGGCUGUGGUUUAGCAUUCAGCCAUUUCCUCUUGUGCACCAGAGAGAAACAGUCACAGACGCAAAACAUGUCAAAACCAUCUGGAGAAACCACAUGGUAUUGGACCAUAGGGAGGGACCACAUGAGACGAGCUGUGAUUGGAACAUCUGAAAGGCACGGCUACAACUACACGGCUGAGAACAGCACCUGUGUUCUAGUCCCACCGGAGACCGCCCAGACCGGAGACCGCCCAGACCGGAGACCGCCCAGACCGGAGACCGCCCAGACCGGAGACCGCCCAGACCGGAGACCGCCCAGACCGGAGACCGCCCAGACCGGAGACCGCCCAGACCGGAGACCGCCCAGACCGGAGACCGCCCAGACCGGAGACCGCCCAGACCGCGUCCUCUGCAAAGUCCCCUCCUCCCUCACCCACCUCCCCUCUCCCUCACCCGCCUUCCCUCCUCCCUCACCUGCCUCCCCCCCUCCUCCCUCCUCCGCCUCCCCUCCUCUCCUCCCUCACCUGCCUCCCUCCCCUCCUCCUCCUCCCUCACCCGCCUCCCCUCCCCUCCUCCCUCACCUGCCUCCCCUCCUCCCUCACCCGCCUCCUCUCCUCCCUCACCUGCCUCCCCUCCCCUCCUCCCUCACCCGCCUCCCCUCCCCUCCUCCCUCACCUGCCUCCCCUCCUCCUCCUCCCUCACCCGCCUUCCCUCCUCCUCCACCCUCACCCGCCUCCCCUCCUCCUCCUCCCUCACCCGCCUUUCCUCCUCCUCCUCCCCUCCCCCUCCCCCCCCCCUCCUCCCUCACCCGCCUCCCCUCCUCCUCCUCCCUCACCCGCCUUCCCUCCCCUCCUCCCUCACCUGCCUCCCCUCCUCCCCACCUGCCUCCCCUACCCUCCUCCCUCAGGUUCUCUGUCAGCUGA